AUGGCAUCACACUUUUCCUUUGCUUCAAAUACAGAUGAAUGCCGGCUCGACAGUUUAGACAUGGACACCAAAAACUCCCACAACACGGUGCCAAAAACUAACACCCGUAUGGGCAGGGCUCCGCCGUGCGAACCCAUAACCGUAGAUCUAAAUCCUCCCAUGGCCCACAAAACAUCCACAGAUCCCAGCCCAACCCCAAGCAUAUCCCCCUGCAUGUCAACAGCCAAAAGCAGCCCGUCGGCCCUUAGUCAAGGGUGGAGUAGCAGCAGGAGUGACAGCCUGGACAGCACAUGUGCGCCACUCAGACCCCACACUGGCGGUGACGUCAGAUGGGACGCCAUUAAUGCAGCCUCCUCAAAAGAUUCGCCGCUGGGUCUCUCAAACUUCAGGCUCUUGAAGAGGCUCGGUUAUGGGGAUAUCGGGAGCGUGUACCUGGUCGAGCUGAGAGGGACGUCGGCCUUUUUCGCUAUGAAGGUUAUGGACAAAGGGUCGUUGGCCAGCCGGAACAAGCUGCUGCGGGCCCAGACGGAGAGGGAGAUUCUUGGCCUUCUCGACCACCCCUUUUUGCCCACUCUGUACACUUAUUUCGAAACCGACAAAUUCUAUUGCCUGGUGAUGGAGUUCUGCAGCGGGGGUAACCUCCACACGCUUCGGCAAAAGCAGCCUUACAAACAUUUUACUGAGGAAGCUGCUAGAUUUUUCGCGUCGCAAGUGCUGCUGGCGCUCGAGUACCUCCACAUGCUAGGCAUCGUGUACCGAGACCUGAAACCGGAAAACGUGCUCGUUCGCGAGGAAGGCCACAUAAUGCUCUCCGACUUUGACCUCUCCCUCCGCUGCUCCGUCUACCCAACCCUCGUCAAGUCCUCCUCCGUCCACUCUCCUUCCGCCACAUCAGACCUUCCCUCUUCCUCUGCCCUCCUCAACGACGACAACGCCAUCCGAGGCUGUAUGCAGCCCUCCUCCUUCCUCCCUCGUCUCCUCCCUAAAAAAAACCGCAAAUCCAAGUCCGACUUCGGCCUUGGCACCGGCCACAACACGAACGCACUUCCCGAGCUCAUGGCCGAGCCCACCAACGUGCGCUCCAUGUCGUUUGUAGGGACACACGAGUAUCUUGCCCCUGAGAUCAUCCGUGGUGAGGGCCACGGUAGCGCGGUGGACUGGUGGACAUUCGGGAUUUUUCUCUAUGAGCUCCUGCACGGGACGACCCCUUUCAAAGGGGCUGGGAACAGGGCCACGCUGUUUAAUGUGGUGGGCCAGCCGCUGAAGUUCCCUGAUGCGCCUCACGUGAGUCUCCAAGCGCGGGACCUCAUCAAGGGGCUGCUGGUGAAGGAGCCACAGAAGAGGAUUGCGUACAAGCGUGGGGCUACGGAGAUCAAGCAACACCCGUUUUUUGAGGGGGUGAAUUGGGCGCUGGUGAGGUGUGCGGCGCCGCCGUAUGUGCCGGAGCCGGUUGACUUUGCGCAGUUUGCGAGCAAGGAAACGGAUAGGAAGAUUUCGGAGAAUGUGGGGAUGGAGAAGAAGAAGAGCAGCUCUACUGAUUCUUCUUCUUACGUUGAGUUUGAGUAUUUUUGA